AUGUCCACCACGUCACCAUCACCAUCACCAUCACCAUCGCUAUCACCAUCACCCUCGCCACUACCAUCACCUUUGGGGCCAUAUGUACGACUGCCGUCUUUAGAGACCCAGCUGUUAACGUCCGCAAUACAAUAUCUGGACGAAGAUCGCUGGAAAGAUGCUUUCAAGACCAUCUGUGUCGCUGGACAUGCGAUGCACAGCCCACCCGCCAAGCUUCACAACCUGCACCUGCUACCACAUAUCAACCAGCUUUUUGAAGCCAUCAUGCUCCAUCACGCCUAUGGCGUUGACCACCACGUAGACCACACCAUUAACCACAUUUUGCACCUCGCUGUCCGGACGUGUCAGGAUGCGAGAGAAGACCAACAUGACACAUAUUCUGACGAAUGCAUCAGAUGGAUGACGCCGAUCGAAGUCGAAAUAAGGCAAUACCUCCAGUUCUAUCGCAUGUUCUGUCGGUACCUCGAGAACCACUCCAUGUCUAUCGAGUCCGACCGCAUUUUGGACGAUGUGCGCAACCUGAUACAAAAGAUGUGUCCGACUGUCAACAACUUGUGUGGGUGGGUGCCCAGGACACCGCCAAGAGAUAUCCGCCAAGACAUGCAAGGAGCGGCAGCCGACAACACGCCGCGCAGGCGAUCACAACGAUUGCGCUCCCACCACUCAACACCGGAGCCUGCCGCCUCAAACCCAAGGCAGCAAAGGAGAUCUCAACGACCUCGGCGCCGGAGGGUGUCACCCCCACCCCAACUACCAACCCCACCCACCCAAAGCGGCGAUCUGACGUGUUCUUCAACCUACAAGACUGAAGAUUACAUCCCCUCCCUGCUCACGCCAAUCACUCAGUUUUCAGCCCCGCGCUCCUCGCAGGUACCAAAAGUGAACGAGCCAGAAGAAGAGCCCACCCAGCUUGUGGGUUCAAGGGUGUUGCAGUUCAUCAAGCCACCAAUACCGAGAACCAGAUUGGUGGAAGGAGGAAUUUUACCGGCCGAUUUCACUUCGCUGCGUCCUGUUCAUAUCCAUGUUGCAUCGCAAAGAUGUUGUUCGGGCUUAUAG